AUGCUCUCACCUCCCCCGUCCUCCUCCUCCUCUGCUCUCACCUCCACCUCUGUCCUCCUCCUCCUCUGCUCUCACCUCCUCCUCUGCUCUCAUCUCCCCCGUCCUCCUCCUCCUCUGCUCUUAUCUCCCCCAUCCUCCUCCUCCUCUGCUCUUAUCUCCCCUGUCCUCCUCCUCUGCCCUCACCUCCACCUCUGUCCUCCUCCUCCUCUGCUCUUAUCUCCCCUGUCCUCCUCCUCUGCUCUCACCUCCCCCGUCCUCCUCCUCCUCUGCUCUCACCUCCACCUCUGUCCUCCUCCUCCUCUGCUCUCACCUCCUCCUCUGCUCUCAUCUCCCCCGUCCUCCUCCUCCUCUGCUCUUAUCUCCCCCCCUCCUCCUCCUCCUCUGCUCUUAUCUCCCCUGUCCUCCUCCUCUGCCCUCACCUCCACCUCUGUCCUCCUCCUCCUCUGCUCUUAUCUCCCCUGUCCUCCUCCUCUGCUCUCACCUCCCCCCUGUCCUCCUCCUCCUCCUCUGCUCUUAUCUCCCCUGUCCUCCUCCUCUGCUCUCACCUCCCCCCUGUCCUCCUCCUCCUCCUCUGCUCUUAUCUCCCCUGUCCUCCUCCUCUGUCCCCCCUGUCCUCCUCCUCUGCUCUCACCUCCUCCUCUGCUCUCCCCUACCCUUUCUUCCUCUCCCUCUGCUCUCACCUUCCCCUCCCCUUCUCUCCUCCCUCUCCAGACGUAG